AACUCCUUCACCUGCUUGUGAGCCCAUGUCUGCUUCUUGCCCCAGCCCACCAGUCCCCCAGGUGGAAGCACCAACCCAGGAGGUGGUGGAGGAGGUGUUGCCCCCGACCGCAGGCCCGGUUCCAGCGGCGGUCGGGGAGGAGGUUCCUGCAGCGUGCCCUGCUGUGCCGACGGAGCGACGCCUCAUCCCCGAAGCUAAGUGUGCCGUUCUUGAGAGUUCCGGGUCAGGCCAGUCAGGUGUUGGUGUGAGCGCAGCGAGGCCAGCAGCAGUGGUUGAUGUCAGGACUGGGAUCAGGCUUCUGAAGGCUGUGCAGGGAUCCUUCCAUCAGGGCAGCUCGAGGUUUAUCGAUGGUGGGCAGCAGUGCAUGGCGAUCGCGGGGUUGAGCUUAGCCAGACACACGUUGAACAGUGUGUUCUCGUGGGGGAGGCAGGAGCUUGAUGAUGCUUUGGUUUCGGGUGAUUGUUUCUACAAGUGGGUCAUGAGCCGCCCUGGCUUCAAGCCUUGGUCAUCUUAUCUGUCUGUGACUGACCUGCCAGAUCAGAUCAAGGUGGAUGGUCAGGUGCUGAAAUUUACUAUUGGCUUCACUGCGUCAGGUUGUAUGCACAUGUCUAAAGGUGAUUACACGUCUGAAGGUGCCUGCGUUGAUAACAGUGUGUUGUACACUCUGCCGGGUGGACUAAAGGAGGUCUUUGUUGAACGUGGACACAGUGCAUGUCUGCUUACUAUGUGUUCCAACACGUCUGCCAUCAUCUUCGAGGACGGACGGUUUGCUGUGGUGGACAGCCAUCCACGGAGUGGUGUUGGCUUGUUUGACCCCAGAGGCACCAGCGUGCUUCUGCAGUUUACAAGUUUUGAGGACCUGGAACACUACAUCUCUCAGUUGUUUGACAGCCUAAGUUCAGGGUCAGGCCAGCCGUACUUUGAGCUGUGUGGCAUUGAUAUUGGUGGGGGUGCAGGUCCAGCCCUGUCUGUUGGUCCUCUGGUGAGUCACGUCGCUGAGACGAGUUCUGCUCCAGCACCAGAGUCUCCUGAGGCAUCUGAGAGCAAAUCAUCGGCUGAGGCUCCUGCAGGCUCUUGUGUGUCUGAGAGUGAUGUUGGUGUUGCUGCCAGUCCAGCACUGUCUGGUGUUUCUGUGGAGAGUCACGUCACUGUGAUGAGUUCUUCUCCACCACCACAGUCCCCUGAGGUCACUGAGUCCAGGACUGUGGCUGAGGCUCCUGUAGGUACUUGUGUCUUUGAGAGUGAUGUUGCUGCCAGUCCAGCACUGUCUGAAGUUUCUGUGGAGAGUCACGUCACUGAGAUGAGUUCUGCUCCAGCACCACAGUCCCCUGAGGUAACUGAGCGCAGGACUGUGGCUCAGGCUCCUGCAGGUACUUGUGUCUUUGAGAGUGAUGUAGGUACUUGUGUCUUUGAGAGUGAUGUUGCUGCCAAUCCAGCACUGAAGGAGAAGGUAGUGGCUGAUGGGAACUGCUUCUUCAGAGCCAUCUCUCAGGCUGUCAAGCUGAAGAGAAAGUUGACCUACAAGGGACACUAUGAGUACCAGUUUGUGGAUACUCUACGUGUCAGGCAGGCGCUAGACUAUUUAAAGAGAACUAAUGUUUAUUAUAAAGACAUUGAGUUCAAUGAGGACUGGGUCAAUGAGUUUAACAGGCAGGAAGAUGAGGAACAGGAAGAGGCUGAGUCAGGCAGUGAGGAUGAGACAGUGAAGGAGAAGGUUGAUGAUCAGGUUGUUGUAGAGGGCCAGGCGGCCCAUCAGGAAGGUGGUCAGGUUCAGGAAAGGCCUGCAGUUGUUGUUGAGGAGGAAUCAGCAGACAUAAUUCAAGAUGAAAUGUUACAUGACAGACAGCAACACUGCAUGUUUCAGGACACUUGUCUUAUGCCUGUUGAUAUUGGUCAGGAGGCUCUAGACCAGUAUUUUGAGGACAUAGUCAAUGUAGCGCCUGCAGAGGGGAACAGUCCAGUCCGGAUGCUUUCUGAUAAUUCAAACGAAGCUAAGUGUUUCCCCGUGUUGUUUCCUUUAGGACAGAGGACUUUCCAUCAUGAGCGGAAUCAUGCUUUGACAUUGUCACGUUAUUUUAAUAACCGGAUCAUGCACGCCGAUGGCCGUUUUUCGCAGAAUGUUGAAUAUAUCUUUUUUGCUCAGUUCAUGUCUGAGAUGGACAGGGUGGUGUCUAGUGUUUCUGUUGCACUGCGUAAGGGAAAAGGUGAUCAGGGCUCUACACAGAUUAGCCAGAGUAUGUUGCAGGACGAGGAGUCUCUGAAGCAGCUGCUACAGUUUGAUGAGGGUUUCCGGUUCCUGAAGCCUAUUAGAGGGACUCCUGCGUUCUGGCAGUCUGUGCAGAAGGACAUCUUUGCCUGUGUGCGUCAGUUAGGCAUCCCGACGUGGUUUUGUUCGUUCUCGUCUGCAGACCUGCGCUGGCAAAACCUUCUGACCAGCAUCCUGAAACAGGAAGGCAGAGUGCAGACGGUGGAGGAUUUGGAGUGGGCAGACAGGUGUGAGUUGUUGCGGCGUAAUCCAGUUACUGCGGCCAGGAUGUUUGAUUACAGGUGGCAUUGUUUUCUGAAAGAGGUUCUCAUGUCUCCUUCUGAGCCAAUUGGCCGAAUCAUCGAUCACUUCUACCGUGUUGAGUUUCAGCAGCGCGGUUCUCCUCAUGUUCACUGCUUGUUCUGGAUCGAGGGCGCUCCUAAAAUUGACCAGAACACAGAUGAGGAGGUGGUCGAGUUUAUUGACAAGUAUGUAACGUGUGAGCUGCCCUCAGACGACGACACAUUAUUGGACAUUGUGUCGUCGGUUCAAACACAUUCCAAACGACACUCAAAGUCUUGUCGGAAGAACAAGACGACGUGUCGUUUCCAUUUUCCAAAACCUGCUUCUACACGUACAUUCCUUUGUAAGAUGAAGGAAUGUCGCUGUGACAAACAGAAGCUGAAGGAGGCCCAGAAGAAUCCUGAUUCAGAGAACAAGCUGGUCUGUAAGUGUUUUGAUGGCGAUAACCCGAUGAAGAAGGACGUUGCAAAGGAGAUUUUGGCGUCUGUGAGCAAAGCUAUCAGGGAGGAGGAGCCGUUUGAUAGUGUAGAGGAGUUGUUUGCCAGUCGACACAUCAACCAGGAUAUCUUUGAAAUGGCCUACAGGAGGUUGGAGAAGAAGACCAAGGUUGUGUAUAGGAGAGGGUUGAAUGAGGUGUGGGUAAACCAGUAUAGUAAGAAGCUGUUGAAGUGCUGGAACGCUAACAUGGACCUUAGCUUUGUCACCGACGCCUACGCCGUAAUUGUUUACAUCAUUUCCUAUAUUACGAAAGCAGAGAGAGAAAUUGGCCUACUAUUGAACAACGCCCAAAAAGAAGCAAACAAAGAAGGAAACCUCUCUGCUCGAGAAGCCCUGAAGAAGCUGGGCAGUGUAUAUUUACACAACAGGGACGUUUGUGCCCAGGAGGCGGUGUAUAGGCUAACCAACAUGCACCUGAAGGAGUGUUCCAGGAAGGUGGUGUUUGUUCCAACAGGGGACAACAUCGUGAGGAUGAGUUUACCCCUCCAUGUCCUGAAGGAGAGGGCGUCAUCACAUGAUCUGAGCUCAGAUGAUGUGUGGAUGACCAGCAUAGUGGACCGGUACAGGAACAGGCCUGAUGGUGGUGUGUUUGACGACAUGUGUAUGGCCACGUUUGCUUCGGAGUAUCGUGUUCUCACCAGGAAUGAAAUUUCUCCAAACAGAAUCGAGUUGAAGAACAAACUGGGCUUCAUUUUGAGGAGAACACGUUCUCAGUUUUCAGUUGUCCGCUACAUGCGUUUCAACUUGAACAAACAACGGGAGGCUUAUUUUCAGGGUGUGCUUCAGUUGUUCCUUCCUUAUAGAAGUGACUCAGAGCUCAAGCCCGAGGGCUUCCAGCUCUUUGAACAGUUCUAUAACGACGGUGAGGUGACGUUUGGCGACGGCUCCAUCCAUAGAGUCAAGGUGGUGGUGGAUGAGAACAGGGCCCGGUUUGAGAUCGAUCCUGAGAACCUGGAGCGUGCUGAGGAGAUUGCUCAUCAGGUCCACGGCCUUGAGGAAGACGCUUGGGGGAACCUGUGUCCUGAACAGGAACUGGAACGUGACGAGUGUGCUGAAGAGUUGAGAGAGCAACAGGCAGCAGAGAUAGCUGGUGAGCAGUUGGUGGAGGGUCUGGAGAACGUUCCAGAUCUGCAGGAACGUGGCCGACAGGUGGCCCAGUUAGAGAGGAACAGGCUGGUGUUGUCUCGUGCUGAGGGCUUAGCUCUAGUUAGGUCUCUGAAUGAGACACAGCGGGCUGUUUUCUACCAGGUGAGGCAGUGGUGUCUGCAGAAGGUGAGGGGUGAAAACCCACUGCCUCAGCAUGUCUUUCUGACUGGGGGUGCGGGGGUGGGGAAAACGCAUUUAAUCAGGGCCAUCCAGUACGAGGCAGGGAGGCUGCUGUCAACACUUUGUGAUCAACCAGACGAGAUCUGUGUUUUGUUAACAGCUCCAACAGGAAUAGCUGCGUACAAUUUAAACGCAGCAACAAUUCACCACACAUUGAGCAUCGGCAAACAGUGUAGUUUACCUUACAUCCCUCUGGGUGAAGAUAAACUAAACUCUCUGCGAGCUAAAUUCCGUCACCUCCAAAUUCUAGUGAUUGAUGAGAUCAGUAUGGUGGAUCACCUUCUGUUGGCGUAUGUCCAUGGGCGCUUGAGGCAGAUCAAGCAGACUGGAGACUUUUCCCCAUUCGGAAAUGUCAGUGUGAUCGCUGUGGGAGACUUUUAUCAGUUGCCUCCCGUUAAAGGGAAGCCUCUGUAUAGCAGUCAGGUGGGUGUGGACCUGUGGUGCCACUUCAGUGUGGUGCAGCUGACCACGGUGGUGAGGCAGAAGGACAGCGUGUUUGCCGAGUUGCUCAACAGGUUGAGAGUGCGUUCCAGAGACACCCCCAUGUUAGAGAGUGACGUCCACAUCCUGAAGAGCUGUGAGACGGGCGAGGAGAGCUCAGCCUUGCACAUUUUCCCCACCAACCGUAAAGUGAAUGAGCACAACUUGAAGCAGCUGUGUCGGACGUGUCCCGAUCCUGUGACCAUUGAAGCUCAGGACUUCAUGAACAACAGGAGUACGGGGAAGCUGGAGUUGAUGGCGGGGCAUCACAGUGCGGCGUUGGACACAUCCUUAGAGGAGACUCUGAGUCUGGGUCCAGACGCCCGUGUGAUGCUGUGUAAGAACGUGGACGUGGAAGACGGUCUGGUCAACGGAGCAUGUGGCACAGUCACUCAUAUCCAGUUGAGACAGGGUGACAACUUUCCUCAGACAGUUUAUGUCAAAUUUGAUGAUGAGAAAAUUGGCUCCCAGAGGAGGAAGAAGCGCUCACAUGCUGCAGUGGCCUGCCGGCUUUCUACUGCCAUCGAUCCGGUGGAGGAGAAGGCCACCAAGCGUGGAGGUUUGCGUCGUCAGUUCCCUCUGAAGUUGGCCUGGGCGUGUACCGUCCACAAGGUGCAGGGCCUGACGGUGGACCGGGCCGUGGUGUGUUUGGAGAAGGUGUUUGCACCUGGCCAGGCCUACGUAGCUCUGAGUCGUGUGAGGGAUUUGUCUGGACUGAUCAUCAUGAACUUUAAAGAGAAGUCCAUUUACUGCAAGGACACCAUCAAGGAGGCCUUGGACAUGAUGCCUCCAUUUUUGAUCAAGCAGCCACAACCUUCAUUAGACACGCCCACUCUGUCGGUGUAUCUAAUGAACGUUCAAAAUUUAAGUCGCCACCUGGUGGAUUUGGUGUCCUGCACACAGCAUUUGCAGCCCACCUGCAUUGCUGUCACAGAGACAUGGCUCACUGCACAUUCCUCACCAGACGGCGUCCAGAUUGACGGCUACUCUUUCCACAGCCGCCCUCGUGCUCUGUGUUACAGCAGCAGUCACCCCAAACUGUUAGAGCUGCAGGCUUUAGAACAUGGUGGAGUUGGUUUGUACACGCUAGCAGAUUCGGACUGUGACAUCCUGCAGGCACCCGAUUUGGAUCUGGAGUGUUUGGUGUGCCUGUGGAACAAAUUCCACAUAGUGAUGGCAGUAAUUUAUCGUCCACCACGUUACCCAAAUUCCCUCUUCAAGCAGAACCUGCAGCGGUUGCUGCAUUGGCUUAAUCCAAUCAGUGACACCAUUGUCGUCAUGGGAGAUUUUAAUGACAACAUUUUAACAGGGUCGUCAAUUUGCAAAUUAAUGGGAAGCAAAGGAUUUGAUCAGCUGGUGACACAAGCGAGCACAGAGAGGGGGACUCUGAUUGAUCACGUUUAUGUGAGAAGCAGACAGUUUGAUGUGGAAUGUGCAGUGAUGCCCACGUACUUCAGUGAUCAUGAAGGAAUUCUGUGUAGUUUCAGAGCUAGAGGUGACCAGGGGCAGCUGGAGGAGCUGGACAGGUGGUUUGAGCUGGAUGAUGUGGAUUUUGAGGAUGUUGAGGGGAUGUUUGAGGACGACUUGGACUGAUUGAGUCCAACUGAGCUACGUGGCAGUGGGCCGAAGCAACUGUUGCUGUUUGUUGUUGAUGAACUAGUUGAUAGAGGGAACUGAGUCGUAGUGCGGCGCUGCUGCUGUUGAGGGUUUUCCGUUAAAGCACUUUGUCUGCCACUCCAAAUACUAUUAUGUAUAUUUAUUGGAGGUUUUUAACAAGUUUGUCAUAUGAUAUGAAAUGAGUUAUGUAUGAAUUACAAGAUGGUCUUGUAGAUAUUUUGAUAUUUAACUUAUUGACAUGUUCCAGGUUGAACCUGUGGAGAAUGUAGUUUGGUCAAUGAAAUCAUGUAUUUAUUAAUGUCAGUGAAAUCAUGGCUCUGUACUGCCUGCAGUUCUUGGUGUCUCUCUGUGGUUCCAUUUGUGUUAUUCUAGGUGUGCAUCUGUGGUCCUGGACCUGGUCUUUGUGAUUGUAGGUCCAACUUUGGUUCCAAGUGUGGUUCUAGGCUUGGCUCUGUGUUGUACUUGGUGCUCUGUGGUUUCAGAUGUGCCUACAGCUGCAGGUUCCCUGGUUCCAGAUGUCAGUCUUUGCCAGUCCCAGCUGUGCUCUUCUUUUCUUCCUGAUGUGUUGAUUCAAAGUUUGUCAGUCUUCACUGAUGUUUAAUGUGUAAAAUGUCAUUGAACUCCAGUCUUUUAAAGGAUUUACAGUCAGUCACUGAUGAGACAUUAAUUUUUAUCUCCAGCAUGUUCUGAAUGAACACAUCAGGAAGAGUUUCAGUGGAACAACUGAACUGUAAAUAUGUUAUUGGAGACAAUGUUCUUUUGACUGGUCU